CGGGCCUGCCGUUGGUUCGACGACCGUUCUUCUCUCCCAGCUUCCGCGUCGGCCAGCGAUUCCUCAACAUUUCCCUCCACCGCGUUGAAGCGAGUUUGGCUGGCUGGCGGAUUCCACGACUGCUUUCUUUUAACAACUAGUAGUUCGUUUACCCAAUCCCUUCAUCCAAACAUCGAAUCUCUCAUCUCCAAUCCGAUACCGAUCUCUCCUCCGCACGCGUAAAUUCCAAUCCCCAUUGAUCGCUAGCUCUUCACACGCCGAUUCCAUUCAUAGGCGUUGCUUCCGCCGCCGGGUUCCUCUUCACAGCGUCGCCAUGAGUUUCAUCUUCGGCAAGCGAAAAACUCCCGCAGAGAAUUCAGAUGGCUUGUUUGAGGUUUAUGGUCAGUGGAGCUGGAUGACGAUGGAGGCAGGGUUUUAUUUAUGUUGUAUCUCCAAUUUAUGGCUUUUUGUGGUGGUGGUGGUGGUGUUAGAGCUUCUGCGAGAGAACAAGCGGAUGCUGGACAAGUCGAUUCGGGAGAUUGAGAGGGAAAGGCAAGGUCUACAAACCCAAGAAAAGAAACUGAUUGCAGAGAUCAAGAAAAACGCCAAGCAGGGGCAAAUGGGUGCUGUCAAAAUAAUGGCCAAGGACCUUAUUCGUACGAGACAUCAGAUCGAAAAGUUCUAUAAGCUCAAGUCACAGCUCCAGGGUGUAUCUCUUAGAAUUCAGACGUUGAAAUCAACACAAGCUAUGGGAGAAGCCAUGAAAGGCGUGACAAAGGCUAUGGGCCAGAUGAAUAAGCAGAUGAACUUGCCAGCCCUACAAAAAAUUAUGAUGGAAUUCGAGAAACAGAACGAGAGGAUGGAGAUGGUGAGCGAGGUAAUGGGAGAUGCAAUGGACGACGCAUUGGGAGACGACGACGAGGAAGAGGAAACAGAAGAGCUAGUGAGCCAGGUUCUUGAUGAGAUCGGGAUCAACGUCAAUCAGGAGCUGGUGAAUGCUCCGUCUUCGGCUGUAGCUGCACCAGCAGCAAAGGGUAAGGUUGCACAGGUAGAAUCAGCAGCAGAGGGUGAAGACAGUGGGAUAGAUAGUGACCUACAGGCUAGGUUAGACAACUUAAGGAAGAUGUAAAACCUUUUUGUUUUUCCUUGUAAUAUAUCGAUUAUAGCUUCUGUGCGACGAUCGCUUUAGUUCAAUUCGGGGCCUGUAAUAUAAGCAUCAUAUACCUCUAGCAUCAUCACAUCACGUUUCAGAAGCAAACAUUCACUUUCAAACCCUUAAGUCAUGGCCUUGUCUAACACAAACAUCCUCGUAUUAUUGUUUCAACUCACGUCAGCUGAUUUUCCAAGUUGGUACUAUGUAUAAGCGUUGAUCUAGUCAUCAGUGGAUUACUUACAUGGCA